AUGGGUACCUACCGCGUCCGCGUGUCCACCGGGGCCUCGCUCUUCGCGGGCUCCAACAACCAGGUGCAGCUGUGGCUGGUGGGCCAGCACGGGGAGGCGGCGCUCAGGACACGUCUGUGGCCGGCGCGGGGCACGGAGGCGGAAUUCAAGGAGGACGUGCUGGAGUACCUGGGGCCUCUGCUGUUCGUGAAACUGCGCAAACGGCACCUCCUUCAGGAUGACGCCUGGUUCUGCAACUGGAUCUCCGUGCAGGGCCCCGGGGCCAGUGGGGACGAGUUCAGGUUCCCUUGUUACCGCUGGGUGGAGGGCGACGGCGUCCUGAGCGUACCGGAGGGCACUGGCCGCACAGUGGUGGACGACCCUCAAGGUCUGUUCAAGAAACACAGGGAAGAGGAGCUGGAAAAGAGAAGGAAGCUGUACCGGUGGGGUAACUGGAAGGAGGGGUUAAUCCUGAAUGUGGCUGUGGCCAAAAUAAAUGACCUCCCUGUAGAUGAGCGAUUUCUGGAGGACAAGAGAAUUGAGUUUGAGGCUUCACUGGCUAAAGGGCUGGCAGAUCUCGCUCUCAAAGACGUUUCAAAUAUUCUGACUUGUUGGAAUGAUCUGGAUGACUUCAACCGGAUUUUCUGGUGUGGCCAGAGCAAGCUUGCUGAGCGGGUGCAGGACUCGUGGAAGGAGGAUGCCUUAUUUGGAUACCAGUUUCUCAAUGGUGCCAACCCCAUGCUGCUGAGGCGCUCCGUUCACCUUCCUGCCCGCCUAGUGUUCCCUCCAGGGAUGGAGGAACUGCAGGCCCAGCUGGAGAAGGAACUCAAAGGAGGCACGCUGUUUGAAGCUGACUACUCCCUGCUGGAUGGGAUCCAGGCCAAUGUCAUCCUGUGUAGCCAGCAGCACCUGGCUGCCCCUUUGGUCAUGCUGAAACUGCAGCCUGAUGGGAAACUCUUGCCCAUGGUCAUCCAGCUUCAACUUCCAAGCCUGGGAUCCCCCCCACCUCCACUUUUCUUGCCCACGGAUCCCCCAAUGGUCUGGCUCCUGGCCAAAUGCUGGGUCCGUAGCUCUGAUUUCCAGCUUCAUCAGCUGCAGUUUCAUUUCCUGAGGGGGCACUUGAUGGCUGAGGUCAUUGCUGUGGCCACCAUGAGGUGUCUUCCAUCGAUACAUCCUAUCUUCAAGCUUAUAAUCCCCCACCUGCGAUACACUAUGGAAAUUAAUGUCCGGGCCAGGACUGGGCUGGUCUCUGACAUGGGAGUUUUCGACCAGGUGGUGAGCACAGGUGGGGGAGGCCACGUGGAGCUGCUCAAGCAAGCUGGAGCCUUUCUAACCUACAGAUCAUUCUGUCCCCCUGAUGAUUUGGCUGACCGGGGGCUCCUGGGAGUCAAGUCUUCCUUCUAUGCCCAAGAUGCACUGCAGCUCUGGGAAAUCAUCUCUCGGUAUGUGGAGGGAAUUGUGAAUCUACACUAUAAGACAGAUGUAGAUGUAACAGAUGACCUUGAGCUGCAGAACUGGUGUCGAGAGAUCACUGAAAUUGGGCUGCUAGGGGCCCAGGAUCGAGGGUUUCCUGACUCUUUACACUCUCGGAACCAGAUUUGUCACUUUGUCACCAUGUGCGUCUUCACCUGCACUGGUCAACACUCCUCCACCCACCUAGGCCAGCUGGACUGGUUCACUUGGGUCCCUAAUGCACCCUGCACAAUGCGGCUGCCCCCGCCGACCACCAAGGAUGCAACGCUGGAGACAGUGAUGGCAACACUGCCAAACUUUCAUCAGGCUGCUCUCCAGAUGUCCAUCACUUGGCAGCUGGGCAGACGCCAGGUCAUUAUGGUGGCUUUGGGCCAGCAUGAGGAGGAGUAUUUUUCAGGCCCUGGGCCUGAGUCUGUACUGAGGAAGUUCAGGGAGGAGCUGGCUGCCCUGGAUAAGGAAAUUGAGACCCGGAAUGCCAACCUGGACAUACCCUACGAGUACCUGCGGCCCAGCCUGGUGGAAAACAGUGUGGCCAUAUGA